AUGGGAGAAGCUCCAGAACUGCUCUCAGGUAUCACAGGUGGUGCUGAUGAAAAUGCUGAACAAGUAAUUUCACCAGAAGACAUAAACCAGAAUCCUCAAAAUCCUUUCUUCCAUUGCCUUAAGCAAUACAAAUGGUGGCUUCAAAUGGCCAUUUUCACCCUCUUCGUCCUUGCUGGACAGUCACUGGGCAUCCUCUUGGGUAGAUUGUAUUACAACAAUGGCGGAAACAGUAAUUGGAUGGCUACAUUUGUACAAUGUGCAGGAUUUCCAAUUAUCCUACCAUUUCUAUGCAUCCCAAAAUCAAAAGAUUCAAACCCAGAAAUCAACAGAAAAAACCCUUCCACCUUAAUCCUUGCUUUAGUUUACAUUUCCCUUGGAAUAUUUCUUGCAGCAGUUUGUAUGCUGUACACAAUUGGGCUAAAAUGUCUCCCAGUUACUACCUAUACUUUAAUUGGUGCUAGCCAAUUGGGAUUCAUUGCCCUUUUCUCUUAUUUCCUCAAUAGACAGAAGUUUACUCCUUAUAUACUGAAUUCUUUAGUGCUUCUCACAAUUUCCUCCGUACUUCUUGUAUUCCAAAAUGAUUCAGAUGACUCGAAAAAAACCACUAAAGCAAAGUACGUAUUAGGCUUCGUAUGCACUAUUGCUGCAUCUGCCGGUUAUGCAUUAAUGCUGUCUAUAACCCAGCUUGCCUUUCAGAAGAUCAUUAAACGUGAAACCAUAAGGGCGAUAAUUGACAUGUCACUCUAUCAGAAUAUAGUAGCAACGUUUGCUAUUUUAAUAGGGCUUUUUGCAAGUGGGGACUGGAAGAAUUUGAAUGCAGAAAUGGAGAAGUUUAAACCUGGGAAAGUAGCUUAUGUCAUGAACUUGGUCGGGACAGCAGUUUCUUGGCAGGCUUUUACUAUUGGUUGUACUGGGUUGAUAUUUAAGGUUUCUUCAUUGUUUUCGAAUGUGAUUAGUAUGCUAGGUUUGCCUAUUGCUCCAGUUCUUGCAGUGAUUUUUCUUCACGAAAAGAUGACUGGAUUGACGGGUAUGGCAAUGGUGUUGGCUAUGUGGGGUUUUGUUUCUUAUAUGUAUCAACACUAUCUCGAUGAUCUGAAGACGAAGGCUGAAAAUAAACCUCCCAAUGAUGUUUCUGAAGUUCCCCUGACCAAAACUACUUAG